GAAAUGUCUCACCCUUGACGUGGCGGUGCAUUUUUUUUUCUUUUCUCUUUUUUUGCCGCUGAACGGAAACGAGGGUCGCGACUUUUUUCCGCGUCAAGUUUGUGCCUCAAACUUUUUUGUCUUCUUUUAAAGCGGAGACAUCACCGCGUCAAGUCACAAUGGAAGCCAAAGAGAGCCUUUUUGGCACUUCUUCCUGCAGAGCUCGACUCGCUCUCUAGUUUUGUUUUUUGCUCCUUCCCGCCGACGCCACUUUUGCGACCAACUUUUUGAUGCCUUUUCGACACAUUUCCGUAAUGCGAAGUCCAAACUGUGGUGUUGUCGUCGUGCUGCGGUGGGUGCCCGUCCGAGAUAACGGAGAACUGAUUCUCAGCCGGUGUGGUUACUGCAAUGAAUGGUAACACAUUCCAUCCAGCCAGCACCACAGCAACAGUAGGAGGUGGCCCUGGCGUGGCAGCGCCCCCUCGAGGCUGGAGGGAGUUCUGCGAGCUGCAUGCCAUCGCCACAGCGCGACAACUUGCGGGACACUACCAGAGCUUUGCCAGGGAACGCCCCCAGCAUGACAUCCUUCCGCCGGAGACAUUUUCCAAGCAGUUCACCGACCUCUUCCAGCAACACUUCUGCUGUGAGGUUGACAACAAUGGGACACCUCUCCAGCAGAGCACCUGCGCCACCGCACCUGGCAGCACCCCUCCGGCGGCUUCUACUGUUCCAUCGCAGACCAUGAUCGGACGAUUAUGUAUCACCUCUUUGUCCGGGGUGCAGGACUACCGGGAAGCGGGUCGACAAGCCGGCGCCGCCACUCUCUUUACCGUGGUUUCGCCGAAACUGGAGCCGGUUGUAGUGAGCAGGGAGCAAGAGCAGCCACUGCGAUGUGCUGGGAGAAGCCCUCGUUCAGGAAACCCAGUGCUGCUCAGGGGCUUGACCCGUUCGUUCGGCAGCGGCUCAUUGUUGUUCCGUAGCCGUAGUAACGAAGAGCUGUCUGGCACAGAUAGUCGACAAGUAUCUGACUCUUUAGCUUCCAGUCCAGCACAUACCGAUGCCACACACUUCUCCGUCAGUCAGAUUCGGCAGUCUGUCCGGCGGCUUUUUAAGAAACGGCCGCUACCCAGGCCGCCGUCGUCACAGGACCUGUCUGCCGACAACCCCAAUCAUUCCCUUACUGGACCCUCAACCAGCAUGCCCUUCACAUCUGAGCAAAUAUUACCCUCCUCAUCCUCACAAACCCCCUCAUCUCUCAACUCUGAAGCCACGCCUACGACAUUAUCACCUCUCUCUGGAGUAGCUUCCAACUUUCUGGAUCGUUUCCGUUGGUUACGUGGCAAUAGCAUGAGGCAGAGGAGGUCUGAGGUCAGCAGCUGUUGUAAAGAGGGUCAACUGAGGUACUUGUUGGUGGAUGACACCAUCUCAGACUCUCUGCCACGAUGGCAGCGCUGCCGCCUGCUGGUCAGGAGGAUCAGGGACGCUGAAGUCGGAGUAGGUGACGGCUACCAAUUGGAGCUUUAUGAUCCACCAAAGGCCUCCGCUCCCAAACUGACCACUCGCUGCUCAGACAUUCAUGAAGUGCGUCGCUGCAACCGGCUGGAGAUGCCUGACAACUUAAACACGUUUGUUUUAAAGGUUAACCGAGGCAGCUUAAUAUUUGAGACGGAUAAUGACCAGCAGGUCAGCUCCUGGACCACAGAGAUUAAAGAAUGCAUCAGUAACAGGUCGAACAGUGUGGAUCUGGAGCCCCUCCCGUCCCCUGCCGACAGCGCCGUUUUAACCAAUCACAGGCCAAGCUCAGAAUUAGGAAGCCAAAGCGAUUGGCGGCCCACUCCCUCCCACCUGGCUCCCCAGGCGCGCCCCGUCACAAUUAGCUGCCCAGUCACCCUGGCUUUGCCUGAACCGCUCAUCCACAAGACAGAUCACUUCCUCUUCUCCUACCCGUGGUUCCACGGGCACAUCUCGCGGGUCAAGGCGGCCCACCUGGUUCAGAGUUCAGGGGCCGAGGGUCACGGCGUUUUUCUGGUGCGUCAGAGCGAGACGCGGCGAGGGGACUACGUGCUUACUUUUAAUUACCAAGGAAAAGCCAAGCACCUGCGCCUCUCCUUGACCGAGUGGGGACAGUGCAGGGUUCAGCAUCUGCGCUUCCCGUCCGUCGUGGAAAUGCUCAGCCACUUCCGCCUCUUCCCCAUCCCGCUUGAGUGUGGAGCCGCCGGUGCCGUCACGCUCUCCAGCUUUGUCGUGGCAGGCACCAGCCCUCCGUCGCAAGGUCAGCUCUCUGGCGCUCUCUUGAUGCCGUUCUCCCUGCACCGCUGGAACUCGGAGCCCAGCCUGGCUCACUGCAGCGGUCCUCGCAGCUGCAGCCAUCCCCCCUCUUCAUCAUCGUCCUCCUCAUCCUCUUCAUCCUCUUGUGCCGCCACGGGCGUCUCCGGCCCACAGUUGCCCCGUCGCACCGCCGCGGCCCCGCCGUCCGCUGCCGCCCCGGCCCCCUUGCGGCGUAGCGAAUCGGCGGGUCGGCGGCCCCUCCGCCACACCGGCCCGCACCCAGCCGUCAUCCCCCGGCGGGACUCGGACUACGAGCUGGAGCCCGAGCGCGGACGCAAGCGGGCCAUCGACAACCAGUACAUGUUGUUCUGAAAGCUUGGCUACGGGUGUCCACAUGAAUGUAUUCAGAUGCUUAGGAGGGAGGAGAGCGGGCGGCUUUACUUCAAGCCCGACGAGCAAAAAACAUUUUGAUACAUUUUUAUAAAAGGCAACAACCAAUGAAGCACCAUCUUAGCACGCGUCAACGGUGAAGUGACCACUUUGAACUUCUGUUGGCCGCCUCCCCCUUUCCUUGCUUUGCUCACGCUAGAUCACUUUUUUAAACUAAAUAUUUCUAUAUUUGGCCUUAUGUUCCUUGUGUCUUUUCAAACACAUUGACACCCUCUUCUUUCCAGUGGGGGAACAAAUCAUGGGGCGGGGGAUAUGACCGGGCCCCCUAAAACCAAAUAAUAACGAUCCAUCAUAGUAUCAUCACACAACAUAUGAAUAAAUUAUCACAGAGGUCACCUAUGUCAUUUUGAAGUACUAAGUCAUAUUGUUUUAUGAGUUGACAAGUUACAUUGCCCCUACUAAUGUAACAACAUAUCAGUAUGGCGCUACCUUGAGGCCGCUAACGCCUGCUGAAACCAUAAUGGGAAAGGCAAUACCUAGUAUGGCUGCUUAAAGUAUUUAACUCAUUGGCUGCCAUUGACAGCGAUAGACGUCCAAUCCAUUUGUUCAUUUGCUGCUGCCAGCCCUCCCAAUUCAAAUGGAUUGGACAUCUCUAGUGACAUGUGAGUGAAAAUAUUCCAAUUUAUAAAGUGAAAUGUAACUGAAAAUAAGUCAUACAGCACAACUUUUAUUUAACACACUUACACAUAUAAUACAAGGGAGCAUUAUGGCCAAAUAAGAGAAGAAAAAAUAGGACUGCAAGAAUAAAGUCAUAAUAUGAGGAGAUUAAAGUUGAAAUAUGAAGAGAAUAAAGUCAUUCGUUGCAAUACUAUGAGGACAAAAAGUCACAUAAUUAUGAGAAUAAAGUAAUAUUACGAGAAAAAAAGUCUCAAUGUUAUGGGAGAAAAGUAAUAUUACGGUAUUCAGUCGUAAUAUUUCAAGAAAAAACUCGUAAUAUUACGAGAUUAAAGUCACUACAAUACAUAUCUUUACGUAAUGUGGAUGGAUGCACUGUGGCUAAUUUAGCUAAAAUUAACUACUACAUUCGUAGUGCCUCGCUGCUUCCGAUAAAAUGAACAAUAUUGCGAGCAUCUCAUGAGGCUGCAUUUUCGAAUCGGUUUCACAAAUAAAGAAUCUUUUGGCACAUCAACGUCAAAUUAUAAGCAAUAUAAGGAUUUAUCCUAAUACUUGGUCUUAGCUCCCAAUUUAUUUGUUCAUUUUAACAGAUGCGGUUCGGAGCUACAUAAAGUACGUAGCAACUGAUUUAGCUAAAUUAGCCGUGCUACUUCUAUAAGAAUUACGUAACAAAGAUACGUAACAUAACUUAAAUUUAACUUAAACUUUUUUCUCGUAUUAUGACUUCAUUCACGUAGUCCUAUCUUUUUCUAGUCCUAAUACUCAAUCACAAUGACAUUACUGUCACGCUUGUAAAAGUUUUAAGCAUCCGUGUCUUGGCUUUACUAAGCUAAUGACGGACUUUUUCAACUAUUGAAACGACGAGUGAGCUAAAUAGGAAGUUUUUUCAUCCAUGCUUAAAGGGGAAAUUCGGAAUUUUUGACUUCAGGUCUAAUCUUCGAGUUAACGAGGUUUUAAUUAGUUGGUGGAGUUGAUUUCAACACAUUCAGUGUAGUUUGAUAGUUAUAUGUUAGUUUCAGGGUUCCGGAGUGGCUAAGCUAGUGCGAGUCAAUUGGGCCGACUUGGCAGUCCCCAAAAAAAAAAAAAAAAAACACUCUUGAAAAUCAUCGAUGACCCAUGCAAUCAAUAGUGUUGAUUAUGUUUACAGGAUUUAAGUUAUUAAAAUUUACCAUUGCAUGUCACUAAUUGCAGUAUGAACAGCAACAUUUGUAAUCCAGAAACUCUGCAGAGGAGCAGGGUGGAGUGAUAUCACAUCGUUUUUUUUUUUUUUUUUUUUUUUGAACUGCAGAUUUUUUAUGUUGUAGCCAGCAGCAAGCACAUUUCACCAUGUUGCCGGCUGUCAGUUAAUUCAGCAGACUGAUGCUGUAUUCGAGGAAAGUGGGAAGUCAGAGUUUCCAACAUCCAAUCUGGAAAAAUAUCAUUGGAACGCCUCAACUAUUUAAUCGCUUACAAGAAGGCAGGAUUGCUGGAGGUCAAAAUGUCUUUUGAUGGCCAAAAUUUAAAAAAACAACUUGUCGCGGUCAUCCAUUUUUGCUGUUUACAUUCAUUUGUAACGCUUUGAGGUUGCAACUUGUACCCUCCGAGCGGGAUAAGUCCGACUUUUCACCUAUAUCGAAUUCAGCCUGAGCUUGAGUGGCCGAAGCACUCCUCUCUAUUGUGGUCAUAUUACACAUCUAAAAAAAAAAAUAGUCCUUCAGAAUGAAAUGAAUUACAACAGUUUUUUGUGACAUUGCUUUGGCCGCAUGAGUGUUUUGGAACAAUGAUCUGCAUUUUGAAUGUAUUUGACUGUGUUGGAUCUGUUCGUAGAUCUGUUUCUUUUUUUUAUUGACAUGUUUAGUUGGUCCCAUUGACUCGCGCUAGCUUAGCCACUCCGAAACCCUGAAACUAACAAAUAACUUACAAACUGCACGGAAUUUGUUGACAUCGACUGUACCAAUUAAUUACACUCCCGCUAACUCGAAGAUUAAGCCUAAUGUCAAAAAUUCGGAACUUCCGCUAUUAGCCAUUUGAGGGCCCGGUUUAUCCUAUUUCCGUUUUGAACAACAAUCUUGGGGCGAUUGCCUCAUUCAGGCCCCCUCAAACUCCACCCCUACUCCUGUUUGUCUCUCGUUUAAAGGAGCAAUAUGUAAACUGGUAGCCAAAAAUGGUACUGAAACUAUGUAGGAUUGAAAUAUUGAGAGCUCACCAUGCUCUCUCCUUUCGGCUUGCCUGAUAAGAGAAGCGUGAUGCGUUAUCAAACCAAUCUUGCAUUUCAAUCGGAAAAAGACAGAGGCUAACAAGCUACACAUUAACGUUAGCAAUCAUCAUGUGAACAUACUAGUCCUUCUCAAAAAAAUUACCAUAUUGUGAUAAAGUUAAUUAUUUUCUGUAAUGUACUGAUAAACAUUAGACUUUCAUAUAUUUUAGAUUCAUUACACACAAAUGAAGUAGUUCAAGCCUUUUAUCAUUUUAAUAUUGAUGAUUGUGGCAAAAAAAAGUCAAGAAAAACCAAAAAUCCUUAUCUAAAAAAAUUGGCAUAUUUCAUCCGACCAAUACGAAAAAGUGUUUGAUACAAAAAAAGGUCAACCUUCAAUUAAUUAUAUUAGCUAUGCAUUCAAUACUUGGUCCGGAAUCCUUUUGCAGAAAUGACUGCUUCAAUGUGUCGUGUCAUGGAGGCAAUCAGCCUGUGGCACUGCUCAGUUGUUAUGGAGGCCCAGGAUGCUUCGAUAGCGGCCUUAAGCUCAUCCACAGUGUCUGGUGUCUCUCAACUUCCUCUUCACAAUAUCCCACAGAUUCUCUACGGGGUUCAGGUCAGGAGAGUUGGCAGGCCAAUUGAGCAUAGUAAUGCCAUGGUCAGUAAACCAUUUAUUUACCAGUGGUUUUGGCCCUGUGAGCAGGUGCCAGGUCAUGCUGAAAAAUGAAAUCUUCAUCUCCACAAAGCUUUUCAGCAGAUGGAAGCAUGAAGCGCUCCAAAAUCUCAUAGCUAGCUGCAUUGACCCUCCCCUUAAUAUAACACAGUAGACCAACACCAGCAGCUGACAUGGCACCCCAGAUCAUCACUGACUGUGGGUACUUGACACUGAACUUCAGGCAUUUUGGCAUUUCCUUCUCCCCAGUCUUCCUCCAAACUCUGGCACCUUGAUUUCCGACAUGCAAAAUUUGCUUUCAUCUGAAAAAAGUACUUUGGGCCACUGACUGUUGUCUCCAACAGUCCAGUGCUGCUUCUCUGUAGCCCAGGUAAGGCGCUUCUGCCAUUUCCAGCACACGCCUGUGCACGGUGGCUCUGGAUGUUUCUACUCCAGACUCAGUCCACUGUUUCUGCAGGUCCCCCAAGGUCUGGCCCUUCUCCACAAUCUUUCUCAGGGUGCGGUCACCUCUUCUGGUUGUGCAGCGUUUCCUGCCACACUUUUUCCUUCCCAGAGACUUCCCACUGAGGUGCCUUGAUACAGCACUCUGGGAACAGCCUAUUCGCUCAGAAAUUACUUUCUGUGUCUUAGCCUCUUGCUUGAGGGUGUCAAUGAUGGCCUUCUGGACAGCAGUCAGGUCGGCAGUCUUGCCUAUGAUUGCGGUUUUGAGUAAUGAACCAGGCUGGGAGAUUUUAAAAGCUUCAGGAAUCUUUCGCAGGGGUUUUGAGUUAAUUUGUUGAUUCAGAUGAUUGGGUUGGUAGCUUCUUUAGAAUACCUUUUCAUGAUAUGCUAAUUUUUUGGGAUUUUAUACCAAAAUCAUCAAUAUUAAAACAGUAAAAGGCUUGAACUACUUCAGUUGUGUGUAAUGAAUCUAAAAUAUACGAAAGUCCUAAUGUUUAUCAGUACAUUACAGAAAAUAAUGAACUUUACCACAAUAUGCUAUUUUUUUAGAAGGACUAGUACAGCAUGUGUAGUCUACAACCUCUGUAUGUUACAUACCAAAAAGUAAAUGAGUACAUGACGCUACAGGCUUCAACCUAAGGGUUUCAAAUUGCACCGGGGUCGGUACACAAAUCAUAAUUUUUAGCGAAGUAAGUUAACAAAUGUAAUACUAGUACAUCGAUAGCAACCACAAAAACUAUUUUGCUUCGCCAUCCAUUUGAAUUACGGACAAACAUAUGCGUACGCGUAAAGAUGCUAUCUUUGCCCGGGUCAAACGACCCCAUCCAUGUUAAACGUGCACAAGUGUGUCAACUUUAAUCAUAUUUCAAAUAUCAGUUUACCAUAUUAACACAAUACAGUAUUACUACAGAGCUGAGUUAUGCGCACCAAUAUAGGACUUUUCUCAACAAAUAUUAGCAUGCUUAUAAGUAAUAUUUUAUUUUCUUUGCACUGGUCUAUGGACCCAGAAGCUACAUAAAGUUAGCACGAAAAAUUCCAUUCAUAUUCCUAUUGUCAGUUUAGCAUACAGGAAAGUAAUGUAGCAAAACUCAAAAGUACAUCGCCUUUCGAGAAGUCGUGCAACUAUGGCGUUUUUUCCUCCUUAUCAAUUGUCUCCAUUGUUCGUAAGCAUCUCCAAUGCAUAUCCUUCUUUUGUUUCUGAAUUUGUCACGACUGAUUCGACAUGCGGAUCGAGAUUUUUUUUUUUUCCUCUAUUUUUACACGACGUCGUUAAUUCUGACUGCAAACGUAUUAGCAAUCUUAGUUUACGUAGCAAAGCGCGGAUCUCGCUGAUUGGUGGAGGGCGGGACAUCCUUUGUAAACACAGAAUCAAAACAAUAAAAGGGGCUGAGUAAAAUGGAAAAAUUUCGACUUGAAAUUUGUGUUAGAACUAUUUCCAAAAAGCAUGUCUAAGUGAAUUAUUAGGGCUAUCUCGUGAAUAAUUGAAUUGUGGAUCUUACAUAAUGCUCCUUUAAGCCUUCUCAUGCUCCCUCACAACGUUUCAAACUGUUGACCACCAUUUUUCUAUGAAAGCAGGACAGUGGCUAGUGGAUAACGCUGCCGACAUCUCACAAAAUAUUCAUUGAAGACUGCAUUGUGGUCAGGUGUUUGAAUUUCCAUCUGUUUCCUGGCUAUGCUUUUGAUCCUCUCCCAAAAUGAUGACUUUUCAGCCAAGCUGCCCCGUGGUGCGUUUCCGUACCGGCUGGAUUUUGAACACAUUUAUAUGGGAGUGGUGUGUAACAAUGUCUGACACCCCCCCCCCCCCCCCCCUAACUCAUAGCUGCUAUUUACAGCCAAUGAGUGUUUCAAUGUUUUACAAUACACACGUAGCAUUAACUGGUGUGCGACCUCACUGCACCAAACCUACAUCCGCCACACUUUAUUUUGUAGCAAUGAGAUGUCUUAACACUAACACGAGUCCGAUUAUUUUUCUCUCAUUUUAUCAACAAAAAUGGACACGUGUGAUGUUCUCACAACUGUAACAUGUUGACCCGUCACCAGUCCUCUCUUUGCUUUAAAAACAAAAAAAAAGUAAGUGUGUCGUGCAAUAUCAUUGAUUCCAUUUGUAAUCAUAGUGUUCUCAUCUUUUUUUUUUUCUCCCUAAUCAGUGGUGGGGAACUUUGUUAUUAUUAUCUGGUCAUCUGAGGGCCAAACUCAAUUAAAAUGAACAAAUAUGAACAAGUGUUUAUUGUUCAUUAUGAUGAGCAUUUAUAUAAAUUAUAUAAACACACACAUUUAUAUACAACAGUUCCUACUUUUUAUUUUCUAGAAUGGCUCCAUGUUGGUUACCCUAGCCCUUGCAUCAGAGCUUCUUAUUUUUUUAUACUAUGACCACGAUGAUGUCAUUGUGCCGUUGAGUUGAGUUGAUUGGAAAAUGUCCCGUUAUUGAAUUGAACAUGUUCUCAAUACUGUUUGUGUUUACCUCAGCACUGUAAAGCCCCUUCCCACACCAGAGCUUUGAAAUGAAGACAUCUUUUUGUUGGCAAUCCCUUUUCAUUUAUGCCUUUUAAAUUAUAUAGCAACUGUACAUUGGACUCUCCUGUUUUUUUUGUUUUUUUUAAAUAAACCUAACCCAACUAAA